CGUUCAAAGGAGAUCGGAGGAAAAAAAGGGAAAGAAAUGAUGAGAGUGAGGGAUGGGGUUUGGGGACCGUGGGGUGGAGAAGGGAGAGUUGAGGGUUCCUUCGGCUAUUGACGUAAGAGAACCUUAAGUCAAGUUCACGUACGAGGACGUGAUUCGGGCUCCCCGAUUUACUUUCGAAAAUCCAAACCGAAUAACUUCUCGAGUCUUUGAACCCUGGCCCCUUGCCUGCUGCCCACUUUCUUCUCCGUCUCCGUUCCCAAUAGAUUGCAUCGGCUGCCGGUGAGUCUCUAUCUAAAAGUGUAUCGAGCCCUCUCAGUCUCUGUUCCCAGUUGAUUGCAGUUGCGGACGGCGAGUCUCUUAUUUGAUUUCAAGAAUGCCGCAGGUAAAGAUCAUUGCGAAGAAUUUCAUGGACAUGGUUGCUGCUUUACCAACGUUGAAGCUCGACAAACUCUAUGAUAACGCUUUCAUUUGCGAAGCUGUUCUCAGGUCUUUGCCACCUCUCGCUAAGAAGUAUGUUUUGCAAAUGUUGUACAUCGAUGUCCCAAUAACUGCAAAGUUAAUGGAGGAGUGGGUGCUUGUUGAGGGGCUCUCUAAGCAUAAAAAUGCGAUAGAUCGGUUAAUUCAAUUAAGAGUAUUUCUUGAGACUGACAGGAAAAAAGAAACGAGUUACGUAUUAAACCCAAAGUUUCAGAGUAAUCUUCAAAAGUAUUUAAUGUAUGGUGGUGUUUCACCUAGGGAACCCAUGCCUGCAAGUGUCACUGUGAGGCUCCCAAGUUUGGAGGAUCUAGACUCUUAUGCGCUUGAGCAAUGGGAGUGCUUCUUGCUGCAACUUAUUAGCCCGUCCCAAGCUGGAAAGCCAACAAACUUCAGCUCUUCUGUGAUGAAAGUUUUCCAGCGAGGUCUUUUAAGUCAGAGAGAGAAAGAAGCUCCAAGGUUGACUGAGAAUGGUUUCCAGUUCUUGCUGAUGGAUACAAAUGCACAACUUUGGUACAUAAUCAGGGAAUACAUCUCCAAUUCUGAGGAUAGAGGUGUGGAUCCUGCAGAUUUGAUUUCGUUUCUGUUGGAGCUUAGCUUCCAUGUCGCAGGCGAGGCCUAUAAUUUAAACACCUUGACUGAUGUACAAAGGAACACUUUUAAGGAUCUUGCAGACCUGGGACUAGUCAAGCUUCAGCAUGGACGGAAGGAGAGUUGGUUCAUUCCUACUAAAUUAGCGACAAAUCUUUCUGUUAGCUUGUCAGAUUCAUCGUCACGCAAACAGGGAUUCAUAGUUGUGGAGACAAACUUUAGGCUGUAUGCUUAUUCAUCAUCUAAGUUACAUUGUGAGAUUUUGCGCCUUUUCUCAAGGGUUGAGUAUCAACUUCCAAAUCUUAUAGUUGGAGCAAUAACGAAAGAAAGCUUGUACAGUGCAUUUCAAAAUGGCAUUACAGCUGAGCAGAUAAUUUCUUUCCUUCAGCAGAAUGCACAUCCUCGUGUUGCAGAGAGAACUCCAUCUAUUCCAGAGAAUGUUACAGACCAGAUUAGGCUGUGGGAAACUGACAUGAACAGAGUUGAGACAACUCCUGCACAUUUCUACGAUGAAUUCCCCUCCAAAGAGGUUUUUGAAGCAGCUUGUGAUUAUGCAAGAGAUAAUGGUGGAUUAUUAUGGGACGAUCCAAAAAGAAUGCGUCUUGUUGUCAAGGCAGAGAUACACAUGCAGAUGCGGGAGUUUCUCCGUCGCCAAAAGCAAUAGUUACAUUUGCCUUCUUUUAUCUCUACACAAUAUUUUCAAUGGAAAAUCUUGAGUAAAUUUGCAAUGCCAGAGAGGUAGCCGAACAUUCUUGUUUUUGGUGUUCAACAAAAAGUUAUUGGAGUUGGGGCUAUGUAUCAUUUCUCCUAUUUGUGUACUUUGAAGAGAAGAAAAUGAGGUGUUAGCCUUUCCAUUUUUGGAUGUUAGGGAAAUGUGAGACGACCUCGAAUAUUACGUGGUUCAGACUAUAUAUAUUGUAUUGGGAUGAGGUUGUGUGGUGUCUAAAGCAGAUUCACUACCAGCUUUCAGCUUUCAUGGCCUCCAAUGAGAAAAGGAAUGAUCCAUUGUUAACUUGUUACACGAAAACAGAAUUUUGUUGUAAUGGUUGUAAUGUGUAGGACAGUUCUUUUUUAUGUUGUAAUUGUAGGUGGAUUAUGACAGUUUAAGCUGUGUAUAUGGUAUUUGAGAACAUGGAAUUGGACGUAUAAGCUAAACUUCUGGUAA